CGAUCAUGGGAGGUAGCCGGUUCGACGACCGCACGACGGGCAUGGUCCAGCACUACGCGCCGAAGGCCAGGGCGGCCGAGGCGAACGGCACCGGCGGCAUCGUGCACAUCAACAUCGACAGGAGCAUCUUCGGGAAGGUGAUCAAGCCCACGGUCGAGGUCUGGGCGGACACGCAGCACGCGCUGCAGGCCAUCGAGCCCUUGCUGGUGCCCUCGGAGGACCAGGCGCGUGCCGACUGGCUUCAGCAGUGCCAGCAGAUGAAGAAGGAUUACGCGUUCGGCUAUGCCAAAGCGCCCAAUAAUCAGAUCAAGACACAGCAGGUCAUCGAGGCGACCAACGCCUUCCUGCACAAGAAGGGCUGGAUGGACGACCGUGACGUGUUUGUGUGCACCGGCGUGGGCAACCAUCAGAUGAUGUCUGCGCAGUUCAUCAGGUGGACGAGGCCUCGCAGUAUGAUCACGAGCGGCAGCCUGGGCGUCAUGGGCGCUGGCCUGCCCUUUGCCAUCGGCACGCAGGUGGCGAACCCCAAGUCUCUGACGAUCCUCAUCGACGGCGACGGGUCCUUCAACAUGACCAACAUGGACCUGCAGACCAUCAAGAGGUACAACCUCCCGAUCAAGAUCGCUGUCAUGAACGACGCCAGGCAGCAGAUGGUUUGGAUAUGGCAGAGGUUGUUUUUCGGAGGGCGGUACGUCAGCGUCGACAACGUCAAUCCCGAUUUCGUGAUGCUGGCGCAGGCACACGGCAUCGAGGCCGCCAGGUGCGAUAACGAGACGGACCUGGAAGCGGCGGUCGAGAAGUGGC